CAUACGUAAAACGCGUAGAUGUGUGACGAAGAAGGAAGGAAGGACUUGUGAUUUGUCUCGGUAAAAAUGGCUCAAGGCUCGAAGAAAUUUAAGGUUCAACGUCCAGGAGCGUCCAAGAAACCGCAACAAAACAAACAGAAAGGACCGAAGAAAGGAGGGAGGAUUAUCGCGCCUAAAAAGGCUCAAGUGGUUCAGCAACAGAAGCUAAAGAAGGGUCUUGAGGUCGCCAUCAGGAACAAGAUUGAGCAGGAGGUGACCCAGAAGGCCAGCUCCUCCCUCCACAAGCCCCUGGCUGUGGUUAAAGGUGCUGAGAGGAAAGGAAAGCAAGCAGCUGCCCGCCCUGGAAGCAGCAACAAAUAGGACCGCUGCACACCUGGAUCUCAUCAGAUUGUAGUUGUGGAAUUCAUUUGAACCUCUGUUGGAGUUUGCCAGACACAGUUUUAGUUAUUUUAAUUUCAGUGUGGUUCUAUCCUCCAAUCAUUGUAUUGUUUUUGUGCAGUGAAAAACAUAAAGCAGAAAUAGAAUAGGAUGCAUCCUGCUUCUAUCAGCCAUCUGUUUUCUAAAUGUCUUGUUUUCAGCCAUGAUGAGUGAAACCAACCUGCACAGAGGAGCCGGUUUGUGUACCUGAAAGUAAUGACUGUUCAGGAAGAUUUCCACUUGGAUAGCAAGAUCAAACCAAUCAGAUAUCAGAAUAGCGGGACGACCUCAGAUGCCAAACCAGCGCAUCUGCUAUCAGGAAUUUUGUAUUUUUAUGUCUUUAUAAUUAAAGCUUCAUUUGAAAAGUUA